CCGGCGGAGUUCGUGUCGUUCGGUUGUCCUGAUGGGUUGUUGAAGAUACUCUUAUUCGUUUCUGCUCCGUCUGACGACGACGACGGUCAAGUGCCACAUGGAAAACUGUGUUGGACGUGGUCUAGCACUAGGAAACAGACACGAGCGCCAAGGACAGACACGUUCAGUGACGACACGAGAAGAGAGAAGCAAGAAAAACAAAAACAACCGAGGACAUACACCGGGUGUAUCGCCUCAUAGCCAAGUGCUUCUAGAAAGGGAGAAAGCAAUAGAAGAGACUAGGGAAUUUCCGGUUUAUUCGAAACGAAACGAACUGCAGCAGCGUGGGAAAAUUAGAUCCGAUUUCCAUGAAAUCGGUGCAGUUGAGCUGUGUUCAAUUGCAGUGAACAGCAGUGUGGUGAUAUCCAGCAACUCGACGAAAAAGUGAGCCACUUUGAGACGGGCUAGUGGGGCACAAAUUUAUUCGAUUUCAUCGUUUGUAGUUUCGAAUUAUUGCUGCAGCAAAACCAAACGGAGCCAAUUUAGACGCCCUUAAUGCUUGGUGUGUUGAGUUAGUGUUUCGUAUAACGGGUACUGUGUGCAGUGUGCAGAAUCGAUCGAAACGACUUGCCUGUUGGUCGAUAAACUGAGCAAAUACAGAGCGAAAGUAGAGCACGCCCGUGGGACCAUGUAUCCAUACUACGAAACGGAGUGGAGUAUCCUGCCGCCGGAGCACAAUCGAAGAUACAGUCCUGGCCUCACAAUCAACAAUAUCAAACAAGUGAUAAAUGAAACUAUUGAAACUAAUAUUCUAAGAAAACCCAACCCGACACGACUCCGGGAGCUGAUCCGGCAGAUCCGAACGGCCAGGACGGCUGCCGAGGAACGUGCCGUGGUAAAUACAGAAUGUGCCUACAUCCGAAGUACCUUCCGCGAGACGGACUGCAUUUGGAAAUGUCGCAACAUGGCCAAAUUGCUCUACAUUCACAUGCUAGGCUAUCCGGCGCACUUCGGGCAGAUGGAAACGCUGAAGCUGGCCGCCAGUCCCAAGUACACCGACAAACGGAUCGGCUAUCUGGGGGCGAUGCUGCUGCUCGACGAACGACAGGACGUCCACGUGUUGCUGACCAAUUGCCUCAAAAACGAUCUCAACAGUUCGACGAUGUUCAUCGUGGGGACAGCCCUGUGUACGCUGGCCGCGAUAGCCUCCCCGGAGAUGGCCCGGGAUCUGGCCCACGAGAUCGAGCGACUGAUCUCCUCCUCGAAUGCAUUCCUUCGCAAAAAAGCUAUCCUCUGUGCCUUCCGCAUGAUCCGACGAGUGCCUGAGCUGAUGGACGAGUUCCGGCCGCAGUGUAUGCAGUUUCUGGCGGACAAAAACCACGGGAUCCUAGUAUCGACCAUCACCCUGGUGACGGAGAUGUGCGAACAAAGCGUUCACGUGACGCACUACUUUAAGGCCGCCAUUCCGCAGCUGGUGCGGACCCUGAAGAUUCUCGGCGUCAGUGGGUACUCGCCGGAGCACGACGUCAAUGGGGUUCCGGACCCCUUUCUGCAGGUUAAAAUCCUUCGGCUGCUGCGAAUACUGGGGCACGGCGAUCCGGAUCAGUCCGAGAUCAUGAACGAUGUGCUGGCCCAGGUGGCCACCAAUACCGAAACGAACAAAAAUGCCGGCAAUGCUAUCCUUUAUGAAACGGUGCUCACCAUCAUGAAUGUUGAAUCCGAAAACAGCCUCCGUGUCCUCGCGGUCAACAUCCUCGGUCGCUUUCUGCUAAACAGCGACAAGAACAUCCGCUACGUCGGGCUAAUCACCCUGGUCAAGACGGUUCAGCGAGACAUGACGGCCAUCCAGCGGCACCGCAUCACCAUCCUCGAGUGCCUUACCGAUGCGGACAGUUCGAUCCAGAAGUGCGCCAUGGAGCUAUCCUUCACCCUGGUCAAUUCACAGAACAUCGAGAUGAUCGUCCGGGAGCUUCUGAAGUAUCUGGAAACGGCCGACGCCGAGAUGAAGAGCAUCUGCAGCAGCCGACUGGUUCGGGCCGCGGAACUCUACUCGCCCUCGAUCCGCUGGCAUCUGGAUGUGCUACUGAGGGUGCUUACAAUUUCAGGGAACAAUAUCCGAGACGACGUCAUUGCCUCGACAAUCCAGCUCAUAUCAAACAGCCCCCGGGAAGAGCAAAUGUUCAUUAGCGACAAAAUGUUACAAUCCAUCGGGAACAUGAAUCAACUGGAAAAUCGCCAGCCGCUAGUUCAGGUGGCCGUGUGGACACUCGGCGAGUACGGAGAAGCGGGCCAUUUCGAUGAAAUCGAGCUAAUCGAGCAUUAUCGGCAGCUUUUGUGGGCUCCGCAGCUUUCCAUCACCACCAAGCAGUACAUUUUGGUGUCCCUGGCGAAAAUCAGCGUCCGCAUGGAGCAUUGUACCGCGUAAGUACCUACCUAAUAU